AUGCAAACUUUACUGUCACCUUUGCCCGAGCCAGACCUCUCCUUGAACAUAAGUCCUCCCUCUAUUUCAGAUAUUUCUGAGGCCAAGGAAGUGGGAGGCUUAGGCAAAGUCAUUUACAACGACAUGUGUUCAACUUCUGAUUCGGGGAGCAGUGGAGGAAGUGAUUUGAGCCAUGAGUUCCACAACCUUCGUCACCAUCGCGAGCCCACAUUGAAGUUAGGCUUUGGAACCGUGGAUUUGAAUCCGCACCAUCAGGUUCAAGGUGACACAAGAAGCUUCAACCACCACCACCACCAUCACCUUCAACCUCACAUCUAUGGCCGCGAUUUCAAACGAAGUGCAAGAGUCGUCAAUGGUGUCAAAAGAAGCGUCAGGGCUCCUAGGAUGAGAUGGACCACCACCCUCCAUGCCCAUUUUGUUCACGCGGUUCAACUUCUUGGCGGCCACGAAAGAGCAACUCCGAAGUCUGUGUUAGAGUUAAUGAAUGUUAAGGAUCUAACCCUAGCACACGUCAAGAGUCACUUGCAGACAGAACAAAAGAAAGGGAAAAAAGGACUUUUGUUAGUCGUUAUAGGUUUGCCUCUAGUAGUGGGGGAGAUGUAUAGAACAGUGAAGAGCACUGACAAAGGCAGCACAGGUCAUGGGCAGACAGAUAUUGGAGUAUUGAAUCCAAGGCCAGGGAUUAACAUUGUUCAUCUGCAUGCACCCUCACCCAAUUUACCAGACCCGAUUCAAAGUUCCCACAGGACAGCGUGGCAAUCAUCAAUAGAGACAAAGCCAAACGAUAGUAGACAAGAAGGAGAGCUCAAGGGGAGUGAAAGCAUGGUGAAUGGGCAGAAUUAUGUUGGAGGGUUGGAUUCUACCACUUUGUCACGUUCUGAGGGGAUGCUUGACCUUGAAUUCACCCUUGGAAGACCCAAUUGGCAAAAAGACCACCCAGAAUCAUCAAGAGAGUUAACUCUUUUAAAGUGUUGA